AUGCAUCAGCUCCGAGCAGGAGGCAACUUAAUCCGUUACACAUGGGAUGAAGAUUUCAUCACAGCGAAGGCCAGGUACACAGCGAGCAGUGACACCUGCACACUGACUACCACCAUUGCUUGGGUGCAAAUUGCUGCCCAUGCAGUGAUAGGCAAUGAGCCAGCCACACCAGCCGCAACUGUUGCUGAUGUGAUAGGCAGCAGCGACAUCGGUCUCAACCGCGCCAAUCCUGUGCGCGACAGCCGAGCAGAAGCACAAAAAUUUGGUGGGACAAAUCCGGCUGGUCAGGGAAGGCAAGGAGAAGAAGGCAAGGAGAAGAAGGCAAGGAGAAGAAGGCAAGGAGAAGAAGGCAAGGAGAAGAAGGCAAGGAGAAGAAGGCAAGGAGAAGAAGGCAAGGAGAAGAAGGCAAGGAGAAGAAGGCAAGGAGAAGAAGGCAAGGAGAAGAAGGCAAGGAGAAGAAGGCAAGGAGAAGAAGGCAAGGAGAAGAAGGCAAGGAGAAGAAGGCAAGGAGAAGAAGGCAAGGAGAAGAAGGCAAGGAGAAGAAGGCAAGGAGAAGAAGGCAAGGAGAAGAAGGCAAGGAGAAGAAGGCAAGGAGAAGAAGGCAAGGAGAAGAAGGCAAGGAGAAGAAGGCAAGGAGAAGAAGGCAAGGAGAAGAAGGCAAGGAGAAAAAGGCAAGGAGAAAAAGGCAAGGAGAAAAAGGCAAGGAGAAAAAGGCAAGGAGAAAAAGGCAAGGAGAAGAAGGCAAGGAGAAGAAGGCAAGGAGAAGAAGGCAAGGAGAAGAAGGCAAGGAGAAGAAGGCAAGGAGAAGAAGGCAAGGAGAAGAAGGCAAGGAGAAGAAGGCAAGGAGAAGAAGGCAAGGAGAAGAAGGCAAGGAGAAGAAGGCAAGGAGAAGAAGGCAAGGAGAAGAAGGCAAGGAGAAGAAGGCAAGGAGAAGAAGGCAAGGAGAAGAAGGCAAGGAGAAGAAGGCAAGGAGAAGAAGGCAAGGAGAAGAAGGCAAGGAGAAGAAGGCAAGGAGAAGAAGGCAAGGAGAAGAAGGCAAGGAGAAGAAGGCAAGGAGAAGAAGGCAAGGAGAAGAAGGCAAGGAGAAGAAGGCAAGGAGAAGAAGGCAAGGAGAAGAAGGCAAGGAGAAGAAGGCAAGGAGAAGAAGGCAAGGAGAAGAAGGCAAGGAGAAGAAGGCAAGGAGAAGAAGGCAAGGAGAAGAAGGCAAGGAGAAGAAGGCAAGGAGAAGAAGGCAAGGAGAAGAAGGCAAGGAGAAGAAGGCAAGGAGAAGAAGGCAAGGAGAAGAAGGCAAGGAGAAGAAGGCAAGGAGAAGAAGGCAAGGAGAAGAAGGCAAGGAGAAGAAGGCAAGGAGAAGAAGGCAAGGAGAAGAAGGCAAGGAGAAGAAGGCAAGGAGAAGAAGGCAAGGAGAAGAAGGCAAGGAGAAGAAGGCAAGGAGAAGAAGGCAAGGAGAAGAAGGGCGUCCUACAGGAUGACACUUGGGCCAUUAAAAUAAAGAAAACUUUACUGAAACUGGUGGGCAGUGUUCAUCUGGCGGGAGAGACUGGACAGAUUGCAAUGGCAGCCCCACGUGACUGGCCCCAGCAUCUUCCGCCAGCUGAGGCCACAGAACGUAAGGACGUCGUUCAGGACGAAUCUUUGGUCAAGAACUUUACUAUCAGAAUACAACCGGUGGACACGGAUAGUCCACCGAAGCUGAGUAAGCCACUGCCAGUGCCCAUGACCCCACGUGACACGCCCCCGCAACUGUCUCCAAUCGAGGGGGUAGGACUUCAGGCUGUGCAGUACAACGACGCUCGCUGCAGUACUGAAUCUGAAGCGAGCAACUCAGACAGCCUGCAACUCCCCUUGUCGAAGCGCUGGAAGUAUGAACUGCUACCGAUCUCAGACAGUUCGCCCACCGCCAUCAGGGCCAAGCUAACGCGGAGCGCACAAGCCUAUGACGAUUCCAACGACGAUGAUAGGUCUCUGCAGGAAGAAAACGAUUUCAGUGAAGAUGCAGAGGAUGCGUUAUGUCAGCAAGAUGGCCCAUAA